CAGCGCUGAGGAAGAGGCGGCGGCGGCGGCGGCCGGAGUAGUAGCGGCGGGGGCGGCGGGGCGGGUUCCGCUGAGGCGGCUCUGACCGACGGCGCGUCCCUCCAUCAUGACCGAGGCGGCGGUGGCCGACACGCGGCGCCUGAACUCGAAGCCGCAGGACCUGACGGACGCCUACGGGCCGCCCAGCAACUUCCUGGAGAUCGACAUCUUCAACCCGCAGACCGUGGGCGUCGGGCGGGCCCGCUACACCAGCUACGAGCUCCGCAUGAGAACAAACCUGCCCAUCUUCAAACUGAAAGACUCCUGCGUGAGGCGGCGAUACAGCGACUUUGAAUGGCUGAAGAAUGAGCUGGAGCGGGACAGUAAGAUUGUAGUACCUCCGUUGCCUGGCAAGGCCUUGAAGCGGCAGCUUCCUUUCCGGGGAGACGAGGGCAUCUUUGAGGAGUCCUUCAUAGAAGAAAGAAGACAAGGCUUAGAACAGUUCAUCAACAAAAUCGCUGGACACCCGCUGGCACAGAACGAGCGCUGCCUACAUAUGUUCCUGCAAGACGAAACUAUCGAUAGGAAUUACGUCCCGGGGAAAGUCCGCCAGUAGAGGGGAGCCUGGUCUCUUCCGUAUUUUUUGUUUUUUUUUCCUCUCUGCAAAAAUGACAUUUAUUUUUA